ACGGGGGAAGAACCAAGUUUGUUACGAAGAAAAUUGUUUCGCUGUGUUAUCUGGAUUUUUUUAAACUUUAAAAUACUAUUUAGUAUUGAAUACGUAACACUCAUUAGAUGUGCCUUGUUUGAAAGUGAUAUUUUUACGAAUUAUUUAAUAGAUUAGUUGUCACGUGUGUCAGGUCUGUCUCGUCUUUUGCUUUACGUCCAAUUGUGUAUACGUACCUUUCAUCAUGCAGGGGAAGGAAAAGUGGAACAGUAACUAUGCAAGUUGUACAGUAUCUCAACAAAUGCAACUGUUUAAGCUGCCAAGUAUUCCUAUUCCACAACAUUUGCGUCUUGCAAUGCAACAAAUUUGGAUGCCCGAUGUUUUCCGUUUCUCAGGAAAAUGUGACAAUUAUGUAAAAUGUAUCGAAAGUUUAUUCCAACUAAAGAAGAUUGAGAGCCAAAACUAUUUGGCUAUAUUAAAGAUAUGUUUAUAUUUGGAACAAUAUGUAUUAGAUCUUGAAAUAGCACGGCAUAAGUUGACUGAUCAUAAUAUCCAGAAAUCUAAAGACUUAAAAGAAUGUUUUAUUAUUUCUUUGUCGUCUUUGAAUGAUAAUAAUUCAGUUAUUAUGCCAGAUGAUGAAGUAACUCUUUAUGAAGCUGUUACAAAAAGAGCAGUUCUGGCUAAAGUUGUGGUAGUGGCAGGAAAUGAUGUGACAAUAAAGUUGUGUAAUCCUUAUGAUGCAGCGAUGUUGAAGCACAUGAAAUUUGAUAUAAAUUUUCAAAGCCAGCACUGGCCAAUGAGAUGUUGCCAUUAUGCACUAAUGGUAACAAGUCAUCAUAAAUGGAUCCCAGUUAUGUAUCCAGAAUUGAAGCCAGGGUACACAUACUUGGAAUAUGAUAUUGAUGACUGGAUCAAUCCUAAUAUAUCGGAGAAUAAGGAACAGAAACAAGCAGUGAGGAGCAUUUUAAAUAAGACGGCACACCCUGCGCCUUACAUCAUUUUUGGCCCACCAGGUACUGGGAAAACAGCAACGCUGGUGGAAAGUAUAUGUCAAAUUCUAAUACAGCAGCCAACGACAUAUAUAUUGGUGUGCACAGGAUCCAAUGCAGCAGCUGAUGAAAUCACCAAAAGACUGAUAAAAUAUGUUCCCCAAAAUAUCAUUUAUCGAAUGUAUGCACCAUCUAGAGCGUGGUCAACUGUGGAUAAAAAGAUUCAACCAUGUGCAAAUUUUGUCAACAAUUCUACUAUCUUUCUAGCAAAAGAUAUAUUAUUAUUGAAACGCAUUGUCAUCACAACUUUAGUAACAUCCAUAAGGUUGAUUGGCCUAUCCUUCCGUGAAAAUCACUUUUCUUAUGUAUUUAUCGAUGAGGCAAGUCAGGCGACUGAACCAGAGAUGUUAAUUCCUUUGACAAUAACAAGUAAUUUGAAUGAAAUUAAUAGCGCUAAAUUUCAAGCGCAGAUUGUCAUCGCAGGUGAUCCUUAUCAAUUGGGACCUGUCGUUCAUUGCAAAGAAAUUAAACAUCUGUACGGAAUAUCUAUGCUGGAAAGACUGAUGAAGGAUUGUAGUCCAUAUAAGAAGCAAAGUGGAAAGUACAAUCCAAAUUAUAUAACGAAAUUACUUAAGAAUUAUCGUACCCAUGAAAGCAUUUUCCACAUAUCAAACAAGGAAUUUUAUGAGAAUGAAUUAAAAAGUUGCGGUGGAGAUGAUACGCGAAUGGCAUUGGAUUGGUCAGAAUUACCCAAUAAAAAUUUUCCCAUGAUAUUUCAAGAAGUUUUGGGCCAUGAAGAGAGAUGUUCAAACAUGAGUGUCUUCAAUAAAGCCGAAGUGUUAGUGGUGGUAAAAUAUGUGAACAUGCUUGUUGGCACGAAAUUCGGAAAACGCACACUUACGCAGGAAGACAUUGGGAUCAUAACGCCGUUUAAGCAGCAACAACUAGAAAUUAUCUAUCAAUUAGCAAUGAUAAGGAAAGAGAGGAUAGCUGUGGGAACGGUUGAAACUUUUCAAGGACAGGAGCGACCCGUGAUAAUACUGUCAACGGUACGAAGUCAAAUCUUCAAUCAUAAUGGUGUGGAACACAUCGGUUUCUUAUCUAAUGCAAAGAGAUUCAAUGUCGCCAUGACACGUGCAAAAGCACUUAUGAUAAUAAUCGGCAAUCCGCACGUUAUCUCCACAAAUAAAUACUGGAGACUACUGUGGGAAUAUUGCAGAGAACAUGGAAGUUAUAUUCCUUUUGCGAGAUGUCCUCUGAAACCGCGUAUCUUAGCACAAUUAAUAAGUAAUGACGAGCUAAGGUUAAGCGAUAACGCAUCAAACGUGAAGAAAUUAUCCGUCACCGUGAAUCUCGGAAAAACGAAGAAUGAAAAUAAAGUGACGAGAACGUUAGAUAACGUAUUGGUGCGUACAAUGAAAGAUUUAACAUUAUAAUGGAGAAGUGACAACUGAUAGAACUUAAUAGAUGAACACGCGUAUAUAUAUGCAAUGUAUGUUUAAAUUAAUUUUUUUAUUGUCUUUUUUUAUUGUUUUAUCCGUUCCUCAAUCGUUAUCGUGAAUGUUAACUAUUCAAUAUUAAGACGUUGAAAUAACAUAACAAUACCUCUUCGAUAGUAUUGAUUUCAGAUAAAUUAAAGCCGUAUUUUCAUAAAGCAUUUUGCCUGAAAUCGAUGUUGUCAAGUGCAUCAUAUUGUGAUAUGUACGAAGUACAUGCAAACAAUUUCUGUGAUUAUAAUGUAACCAUACAAUUUUUGACUGGGCAUUUGUGAUCGUUAGAUAUUCUAGAGAAAUAUUUUUCUCUAAAGCAAACAUUUUUCUUAUGUACACCACUAGAAUGUUAAGAAUAUCUACCUCGGUAUCUCAGAUGCUUAUAGUAAGUAGGAUAUUCCGAUAUUACGAUUACGCAUAUUACGAUUAUUUAUUCUAAAGUGCAACAUCUCAUGGUGAGCCAGAAGCGCGGAGCGCAUCUCGGACGUUGAAGCGUGAUCGAAACACGACUGUUAGAAUUAUUUUCUUGUAAUAUCAUUAGUUGUAUAGAUAUCAAGUGGAACAAGUUUUAAAGAAUAAUAGGGAAAUUCAUGCAUAUACGUGUAAUAAUACAGUUUUGUUUCUUUCUUUCGAUGUCGAUCAGUAUAGCUGAGAAAUUAAGUGAGUAAUGAUGCAAGAUAAAAAUAUGUGUGGAAUAUGUUUUAGUUCGUCAACAAUUAUCUCUGAUAACUCCAAAUAUAUUUUAUGCGUUUUCAAUUUAAAGAUCUCAGGUGUCUAACUCUAGGUGUUGGAAAUAAUAUGUACGCCUAGAGUUAAUUACUUAUAAUUACAUAUAAACAAUAUUUAACUGAUAAGAUAUACGUAUAAUUACGCAUCUGCUUAAGUGUUGAAAUCUUCUUGUCAUUAAUAUGUAAUAUUUACAGAUAAAUUUAUAUGAAAACAAAAUAUAAAUUUAUUCUACU